AAGGUUGAUAACGGAGCAGCCAAACAUAUUGGAAUAUGUACAAUCAAGAAGCACGGCAGCUGCAAACCGAUACUGAGGCAAUUAAAUAUCGUGGGACUCUUGUUAUGAACUCCUCAUUCGCCUGUCGCUUGCCUGUAGUUAAGGACGUGUCGGCUGUUUGUGUUGCAUAUCGCAGUGAAUCCGAAGGCGCACAGCAACAUCAACCACUGUGUACGUGAGAGUAUUAGAGCCUCGGCACGCGUGUGAAUGAUUUUGUGUAUCCUAUUUUAACAAAUGUGAGCAGCAUAUAUUAAAAUUUGUGCACAAUAAAUUAUUUGUGUGAAUUUAUUUUGAAAUAUUGAAGUGUUGCAAAAGGCAUAGUGAGUGUAUCUGCUAAUACAAAUCAUAAAAUAAGGCAAUGUCAGAAAAAUCUUCAGAAUAUUUAAAGCGAACUUGCCUUAUCUGCGGCUGCCACACAAAUCAAACCAUCAAUAUAUAUGAGCCGCGAAGUGGACCAAAUAUUGUUGAACUUAUUCAAGCCAAAUUCAAAUUUCAGCCCUUAAACGAAGAUAAAUACCUUUGUUUUAGCUGCAAUAAUUGGUUAAUCAACUGGCACUCACUGCAGGCAUUGAACAGUAACGACGCGGAGAGUCCAUCCGGUACCUUUCGCCCUCAAAUGAAUAGUGUGUUACACAAGGAGAAACCGGAAAAUCAACGCCAACAAACACAUUCAAGUCAAUUUUAUUGGCAAACGAGUGCUCAACUUUGUCGACCUACAGCCAAAAUACGCCCUUGGAGCAUAAUAGGGAAAACAUCCAAUCAAAUCGGCACGGAAAAAUUUAUAUUGCCAAAACACUUUCCCUUGCCAGUGCAAAACUUAUUUGUAAGAAAAAGUAAACGUAUCUUGAAAUAUCAACGGAAAUUUCGUAGUCGAAAAUUGUAUUAUGGGAGGCGCAAAUUACUAUUAAAAAAUUUAAGACUACGGCGUAAGUUCAUACAGUACAAAGGAACUUCUAACAGUUAUAUUUUUGACAAAUGUGACCAAUCAAAUAAGACUCCAGACUCAACGUCUCCUCAUUUUUCAUCAAUUCUAAAAUGUAAGAAGGAUAAAAAGUAUUUUACUUCUAACAGCAAAAAGUGCUCGUAUUUGAAAAAUGAGUAUAAGGAGAAAGCAAAACAAAAGCAAGAAUAUUGGCAAACAGAUGUACGUGUAUCUCAAAAAAAAUCAAUUGAAAGCAAUAACAACGUUAUUAACGAUUUAAGUACACCUGCAAACGUAGAUAAUAAAAACAAGCAGUUGUUAGGACGCCCUCUAGUAGAUGGUAAGGUGGUGUCAAUGUUACGACGACUUGGAACUACACUUUCUCAUGAGAACUUCAAUGAAAGCACAAAUACUUCAAAAAUUCUGUUUCCGCGAAUAAUGAGCCCUACGAAAUCAAAACCUCAAUGGACACGUCAGCUGGAUGAAGAUGAAAUUCUACUCGGUUUUGAUUCCGCAAUAUCGGAAGUGCUGCCACAGAUAAUCCAAGGACAGCAACAAAAUAUCCACGACGAUAAAUGUAUGCCGGAAAUUAUGGCUGUGAUGCAGGCAAAACGAAAAUUAACGUAUCAAGUAUCAAUUUGUAAAGAUUGCAGUCAAUGUGUUAACCCUCUGUUACCUGAAGGCCUGAGUAUUUCAUUAGUUUAAGUGAAGCCAUUGCAUGUAUAAGAGAAAAUGACAAUGUGAGAAAACGGAAAACAUGUUUAUGUAAGCGUUUAUGUAAGAUUUCUGAGCAAACAUAUCGGUAGACUUGUGACAUACAAACUAUUGCGCAUAACUGGUUUUUUUUCAAAAAAUUUUUUCUGGUCAAAAUUUAUCUGUAAGGAUGUUGGUAUACGUGUGUAUAAAGUUCUAAUUACAAGUAAUUGUUAGUAAAAAUUAUUUUACGUUAAUUCUUCUUCAUCAUUCCAUUUAUUUUAAGGUAUUUACAAAAAGAUAAAUUAUCCGGCUAUAAAUAAAAAAUAUAUUGUGCUCUUAACACUUUAAACAAAUUCGCACGUACAUAUUUAGAAUGAAAAAAUUAUACGGAAGUUUUGUUUGUAUGUAAACUAUUUAGUUAGCAACAUUACAGUGGAAUGGAGCUUCCAAAACUCGCAAUUUCCCACUCGAUACUUUCCAUGUUCGACUUUUUUCUAUGCUACAAUUCUUCGUAAAGCUUUAGAAGUCAUUUUCUAAACUUCUUGUUAAAAUUGAUUUGCUCUUGAAAAACACUUUUUCUUCGUUUUCUAUUGUGUAUGGUUGCAUUUCGUCAAGAAUUUUUAUCAAGCAAUUCAAGUACCCAUUAAGCCUCUUUACCUUCAGGAGACUGCAUCCGACUACUUUUUUUCAAUAACCUCUUUAUGUCUCUUUCUUUGAAAUAUUUUUCGAUAUUCGACCAGAGGGUUAUUAGUGAAAUCCUUAAUUGGCUUUAUAUUUUGAACAAACAUUUGUAUAAAAGAUUUUUUUUUUUUUGAAAAAUAUUUAUUUAUUUAUUAAUAUCUAUUUUAUUCUCUUCAAAGUAAUCCACCAUAAAUAAAAAUGCCCUUGUGCCCGUGAUUUUUCCAAUCCGAAGGAUUUCUGAUAAGCGCUUUUUGGCAUGGUCUUGAGCUCUUCCAGCGGUGCGAUCUUUGUCACCCUAAUCGUUGUAAAUGUCCGUUCUUUUGGUUAUGGAAACGGGAAAAACUCACAAAAAAUUCGAGAAUCUUGCGUACGCAAAAUUUUACAUUGUAUAUUUUUCAAGAGAAUACCUUUGCCUUGAUUUCGCAUAGAAUCGAUUAUUUAUUUAUGAAUUUAAAUAUGGAAAUUCGAGUUUUAGGAAUUUUACGGUACUGCUUUUCUUUAAUACAAAUUGAAUGGUACUAAUAACAGUUGUAAUUUAAUCAAGUAACGUAAUUUUUUUGUAUCUAAUAGAAUUUAGAGUUGUAAAUGCUUAAUAAGUUUAUAAAACGUUUUAAAUAUUUUAUAAAUAGCACUUUGGGCUGACAAGCAUUAUCACUAAGCCAUGUGCGAAUUUAAGAUCCGAAAUCCACAUUUUCCUAACCAAUCUGCCAGAACGCAGAAAACGCGGCCAGCUCAUUUUGUUGCAAAAUCUUGUCCAAUCCUUGAUUUAUGGCUCCCUAUUACUAACAUCUAAGGUUUUCGAAAACCAACUGUUGAAGAAAAAUAAAAUAAAUACUAAACCAAAAAUACCCCCAAAACACUAAUAAAAUUUCGGAAAUAAUAUAAAUUAAGUAAACCUUGGAAAAACCUGUUUUUAACUUAUUUAGACUUCCAUUGUUUCAUUUGUUCACAUAAAUAUAUUGCAUUUGAAUUUAACGUUUUUGUACAGGGGAAAUAAUCGUAGAAUCAUUUAAACCAAAUUUAAUGCCCUUAAAAUAUCAUUCAAAACUCCCUUGUCAGUAUUUAGUGCAUAAUCCUUUGGCAUUUAUUACAGCAUUUGAUCGUCAUGACAUACCAAGUUUUUCAUAUGUCUGUUGAAAUAUUGUACCAUUCAGUUUUCAGAGCUUCCUUCAGUUCGUCUGUGUUCCGAAAAAAAUAUUUUUUUUAUUUAUUUUUCUGGACAAUUCCUUGCAAAUAUG